AUGGCGUUCCCACAGAACCCCAACGGCAUGAUGGCCAACAUGAACCCCACGGCAGGCAUGUCCGAGCAAGAAGUGCAAAUGACAAAGAUGAUUCAAGCAUCCAUGGAAUCCUGCGUCGGCAAAACCGUCAUGGCCGGCGUAAUGGGCGGCGGCCUCGGAGCCAUGUUCGGACUCUUCAUGGCCUCGAUGCGCUACGACACACCCAUGGGCCAGCCCUUACCGACCGCAAACCCGUCGCCAGCGGCCGCAACAAGCACCGCGACCUCCACCUCCACACUCCCCUCCGCCGCUGCAACUGCACCAGCAUCCGCCUCCGCAUCCGCAUCCGCAUCCGCAUCCGUACUCUCCCCCACCGCCGCGACCGGCAUCGCCGACCUGCCCCUCAAACAGCAACUCAAGCACGGGCUACGCGACAUGUACCGCUCCUCCAUCUCCUCUGGCAAGAACUUCGCAAAAGUCGGCGCGAUCUUCAGCGGCACCGAGUGCGCGAUCGAGGGGCUCCGGGGGAAGAACGAUUUGUACAAUGGAGUCGCCGGUGGCUGUAUCACGGGCGGUGUGUUGGCGAGGAAUGCGGGGCCGCAGGCGGUGGUUGUUGGGUGUGCGGGGUUUGCGGUCUUCAGCGCGGCGAUUGAUGCUUAUAUGAGAAUGCCCGAAGACGAGAGAAGCAAACCGAUUGCAUAA